CUAGAUCUAGAUCUAGACUAUCUAGAUAUCUCUAGAUUCUAGACCUAGCCACUGUUGUUCAAGUUGUUGGCUAAAAUUCUAGACUUUUUUUAGGACUAGAUCUAGAAUCUAGAUUAUCUUUCCUAGAUAUCUAGAGACGAGAUGUAGAUCUAGAUUCUAGAUCUAAGUGACUGACUCUGUUAGUAGGUAGGCUAACUUAUUUCGAAGAAGGGGUACGACGACUGCUGUGCCCACUCCAGACGAAGAGACGGAAUCAAGAUUCUCAGAUCACACUAACAGUUAGAAGAAGAGUCGAUAGAACGUAAAAUUCUGUCGUGUAUUGCCAGUGAGAGAUAUAAAGACAGCUCACAUUAACUUUUCUAUCCUACUUCUGUUACCAUCUGACUGCUAGCUGUUGAAUCUAAAGAGAAAUCAAUUUUUAAAGCCUUGAAUUUGAUGAUGAAUGGCGGAAGAAAUCCUGGCUGCAUGGAUGCAUAGAUCUAGUGUUUGGCUUCGGACUGCAUUCGCUUAUCACUUGAUUGACUUUUUUGGAACCUGAAACAUAUGUACUUUGGCUUGCUGGCAACACAGCUGACCGACCAUCGCCAUCACUAUUGACACUAUACAAUGCUGCACGAACUCCUUUUAGCUUUGAAGGGCCACCAUGGUGGUGUUUUCAAACACUCGGAUGUUGGGAUCCAGGUGGUUCCAAAUUUACCCUUCAUUCAUGCCUCAGAAGUGACUUCACUUAAUCAACUUUGCAAGUUGGGCACUUACUACAGAGACUUCACAGAGUUCAUUCAGCACUACAGCAGUGGCCUGCUUGCAGGGCAAUAUCCAGAUUCGGAUGACCUGUAUGGCCUGUACAUGAAAUGCUUGUGUCAGGGUUUGGACAAUGUACUCCAGGACUACAGAGAUGUCUUGCUGGAGGUGGAGCAGGAUGUCCUCAAAGAUUCUCACCUACCAGUGUCAUUCAUUGCCAGUAAACUCAAUGAGUUUCAGUUGUUGUUCCCAGCCUUGGCUGCCACAAUCGAUCAAGUGGUCUCUCAUAAAGCCCAUGGCUGUUACAUGCUAGAUAUUCUAUACAAGAACUCGAUCCUGGGUGUUCCUGUUGUGAAAGCUGCCUUAGACAGAAUUCUCUAUGUCUGCCAUGGGUUGUUGUUCAAACAACUUUCUGCCUGGAUGCUCCAUGGAAUUACUUCAGAUCCCUACAAUGAAUUUUUCAUCCGAAGAAUGGAUGGACAUGUCAGAAAAACCGAAGAAGAGGAAGAGGAAGAUUUGGGUAUCCUGGGUCUUACAGGAAGACAGCUUCAGAAAAUCCACCUGAGUGACGACGGUGAAGAGAUACCCACUGAAACAAGCCAGUUUGGUAUUGCAGCUGAUCUCUUGCCCUCAUACAUCCAGCCCCGUGUGGCCAACAAGAUUCUCUUUGUUGGAGAGUCAGUGCAGAUGUUUGAGCGAGACAAGCAUCAGAUGAAGCAUCAGCACCAAGGAGGAACCAUCAUGAGUACACGAGAGGAAGAAUUCGCUGCAGAUCUUCUUGACUUGUCAAGGCAACCAGGUUUCAACAGCAUAGGUUUUGAGGCGGUCAUAAAUAAAAUAAGGGCUCAUGCUGCUGAGUAUCUGUGGAUGUUGGUGGUGGAGGAAUCAGAUCUGACUGGUGAAAUCCGAAUAAUGAAGGAUUACUUCCUGCUGGGACGUGGAGAGCUGUAUCUGGCUUUCAUAGAUCAAGCUCAACACCUGCUGAGAACACCUGUGGCCUCAACUACAGAGCAUGAUGUGAACCAUGCCUUUCAACAUGCAGCUCGCAAUGUUCUCAUCGACAAUGAUGCCCUACUGCAACGCUUUCACCUGACUGUUCCUGCUCCUGCAAAAGGAAAAAAGAAAGACCCAAACACUGCCCAAAGUGAUGUAGAAACUGGCUGGAGUGUCCUUGGGCUGUCUUACACAGUCCAGUGGCCUCUUCAUAUUUUUUUUACACCAUCCAUCCUGCAAAAGUAUGACAAGAUCUUCCGCUUCUUAUUAGCUGUUCGACGCACCCAGCUGGAUUUGCAACAUUGUUGGAGUCUGCAGAUGUGCAACAAAAAGGUUUUUGUCUCCCCUGCUGCAAGCACCACCUGGCAGCUUCGCACACAUAUGGCAUUUCUGGUUGACAAUCUGCAGUACUAUUUACAGGUGGAUGUUAUUGAAUCUCAGUACCAGAUAUUAAUGGACAAAAUAGACUCUACCAAGGACUUUGAAGCGGCUAAAUUGGCCCAUGAGCAGUUCCUGUCAUCCUUACUGGCCCAGAGUUUUGUACACAUGAGAACGGUGUCAUCAUGCCUCUAUGAAAUUCUGGAGCAAUGCUCUCUCUUUUGUCGCAUACUGGUGUCCUCUGAAAGUUCUGGCUUUGAAAAGGAUGAACAGCAAAUACAGAAUAUCACAUCGAGCUUCAAGAGGUACUCAAGUCUUUUGUUCCAAAUGUUAUCCGGGGUCAGAAGUCAGAGUGCACGCCCCCAUUUAGCACAGUUGCUACUUAGGCUGGAUUUCAACAAAUUUUUCACCUCAAUGGGUGGUCAACUUGGCAGCGCUUGAUCGAUUGUUGACCUGGAAAUGUCAUAGACUGGACAUUGACCGAGCUUCAAGACUCUUUUUAUCCGUGGAUGUUCUUCCCCAUUCAACAUAAUCAACAUUCCAUGUGCCUGAAAUACAGAAACGUUUUGUUAAACAUUGGGAUUUUAAUAUGUUACUGUUAGAGAGGAUUGGAGAUUAGCAUCAGCUUUCUUUUUUUAAUGGUCCACAAAUUGCCAGACUGAAUAAAUAAGUUUAAUUUGUUUAUACCAGUCACAGUAAAAUCCUGAUAACACGAAUUUCACGGAGCCAGAGAAUUUCUUCAUGUUGAGCUAAUUUUCUUUGUGGUAAGCAGAGUGCUAAUGAAAAGGAAAAAGAAAAAAAAGAGGGGGAAACCCCCUUUCUUAUUGUUUAGAUCAAAUGCUAAGCCAUGUUUAACCUACUUUUAGUCAUUCAUAACACUUGCAGAGCUGCCAACCUUUGGAAAUCAAAAAAGGGAAACCAUAUUUUCAACCUCAGGCAGAUGCUUUUACCGAAAAGAUUGAGGUUCAAGGGAGAUUGUAGCUGUUUACUUUAUGGUUUUCCUUGCUACUACUCAAUUAAAGAAUAAAAGCACUUAGCGAAAUAUGGAAUUGAUAAAUCACAGCCUGGCCUACAUAUUAAAUAGAUAAUCGAGAAAAGAAAAAAAAAAAAAAGCAACCCCCCCCCCCCCAAACCAAGGCUUUCCCAUCAAAUAUUCAUUCAAAGAGGAAUGAUCAAACGCUUCACCUCGUUUUGAAUGUACAUAGAGAGAAGGUCAAAUUUGCAGAGGUAGAAGUUGACUAGCAAAGCCAUUACCUUGGGUCACUUUAGCAUAUCUGUCAUGAACUCUGGUAAUAUUUCAAAAUCACUUACUCUAUGUACAGUAGAACAUGGAUAUAGGGGGACUUUUAGUUCCAGAAGAAAAAUCCCGCUGUAGGCAAGUUCCCGCUAUAGGAAUGCAAAGGGAAAUUACCGAAAAUUACACACUACACGCUCUCCUCUUCUUUUACUUUUUUUUUUUUUUUGGGCCUAGCCUAGGGCUAUGGCGUAGACGCUCAGAGUACGGUACACACGUCACUUCUUUUGGAGUGGCUUCUCUCCGCACCAUCUCUCUCUGCCACCUGCCCCACUUCACUCAUCACUGGACUGGCCAAUCACAACGCUGCACCGCUGACUGCCUGUUUGGAGCCUACCUCCAACCCCUUCCCCCAGCUAGAGCUCGCUCGAUCUCUCCAGCUGUAUUCAAGUUCUGGACUUUCCUUGCCCCGUUAAAUCCAAGCACAGUUAAUUGAGUUUUUCAUAGACAAGAAAGAGGUGAUUCCGGUAAGGUCCCGCUGCAACGGGUUCCAUUAUAGUCAUGUUCUACUGUAUAACUAUAAGUUACAAGUUUCUGUUCUCUCAUAAUUGGCUUCUGUGUCUGCAGUGAGGCAUUUCUUUGUCGAACGCAGAAGACCCAAAUUCAAGUCCAAUAUGGGGAUAAUUUUUAUAGUGUUGCGGUCUCUCUGCAGGGACAUUAUAUCCCUGGGACAUUAUAUCCCUCUCAGCCCGAGUCGGUCCUGAAAGGCAUGGUAGAAGCAGCUGGCCUCCUAAACAUGUUGCAUACUGUUUCUUUUGUCAAGUUACAAGUAUAAUAUAAUAAUUAUAUUUAACUUAAAAUAAUUUAUGUGAUUCAUUCAUUUCUAUUAAAUGCUCUUUAUGACUGAAUUUUCAAAAUGUUCAGGACUUCACAAUUUAUCAUGGCAGAUUAUUGUAUGUUAAUUUCAAAUGUUAUUGUCUGUUGCAACACGUUACCAAAAUUAUUGAUUGAGCAAAGAAAAUUUCUGGGAAAGUGGCCUGUAUUUUACAGUGAAAGAAAGCCUACUGUAAUUUUUGUAAACCUAGGGGCAGAGCACAUGAACAAUUAUUUAAUUUGGCUUUUGGAUUGUCUCAAGUUUGUGACACAGGGUCCAAAAGUAAUUUGUUGUCUCAUAAAAACCUUUUUAAAUUUUAAAGAAAGACAAAGGAAUCAUUUUUGCACCCUUUCUUUUUAUUCAUAUUUAUCACAGAAGCUCUGACUCUUAGCAAUUCUCUGGAAACAAUCUUUUUUUUUUCUUUUUUGUUGGAAUGUGGGAAUUGAAGCCUGGUGUUAAUGAAUGGAGCAGCUUGCAUACGAGUCUGUUGUUUACAUACACCCAAUUUUUGUUGGUGCUGAUUUUGAAAAGUGUGGAGAGCAUUAGCCAUGUAGAUACAUUAUAAAGUACACACCUCUGGCUUUUGUUCAUGUACUUGCCAAAAAAAGCAUUUGUUAAUUAUUAUUCAAACAUCUAUCUGUGUCAAACAAGGAAAUAAAAUGUUUCUUCAAAAUGA